AAAAAAUGAAAAGACAAAUUAAAGCAACACCCCCCACAAUAUUCUCCAGUAUAAAGUAAAGCUUCAAAAUUACCCUUACUUCAACUUCUGCCACUUUACUUUCCCAUUUCCCCAUCUCCAUUCCAUCUUCUUCUGCCUCACCCUUAACCAAUCCCCCCCUUUAUCUCUCCUCUCCUUUCCCCAAAAUCAGAUUUCAUCACCUCCCUGAAAUCGAACAAAAAUAUUCAAAUUCAAUCCCUAACUUCACAGAUAUUCAAAUCCAAUCCCUAAUUCCACGGGGAGUAAAAAAAAAUCAAAAAUGGCGACGCUACAGAAAUUCAAGCUAUUAGCAACACAGUGCGCAGUUAUCGGAAGCCCGACACGAAGCCCGACAACAAGCCCUGUUAUCCACAUCCGCCGCCGCAAAACCCUCCGAAUGCUCCUUGGCGGCAGAGGAAACACCAGCGAUUUUAACCGACGAUUUAUUCAUCACGGUAAUCGACGAGUUGAGUCGCCGGAUCGUCAAAAAAUCGCCGACAGAAAAUCGGCCGGGGAUAAAGAAAACCUCGGCGUAAGACUUAAGCUAAAGGAUCUCUUCGUAUCUUCUUCUCCUUCGCCGACGAAGGUUCCAGAACAAGAAGAUCAGCAGAGGCUGUUACCGGCUACCGGAAGUUCUAGUGUCGGCGUCGGAGGUGGUGCAAUAGUGGCGGCACGCAGAUUCGGAAGCGGCGGCGUGAGGCCGUUUUCGGCGACUUUGCGGCAGAGAUUGUUGAUGAGAAGAGCAUGGCGGCCUGUACUGGUGGCAAUUCCUGAACAGUCGCCGUAGAGUGUAAUGUGUACUGUGUAGUCGUAGUUGGUUGCUGUAGUUUUGUUGAAUUUUGUACGAAUGAUGAUGACGACUAUGAUAAAGAAUUUUUUUUUGAGGGAAUAUUGAUGGGAAUAUAUAAAUAAAUAAAUAAAUUUCCUUUUGUUUA